AUGUAUCCCAUCGCAGGAGUCUCGGCACUCCUUACCAUCAUCAGCUUCGUGCUGGUGAUACUGACGAUCUUUGCCGGCAACAAGCCCGGAUUUAUGGAGGAUUACCACAUUCUUUACUUCAAUACAUCGACACUGGGCGAGAACUUAAUUCCAAACCUGAAAGCCCGCGCGCCCAUGCCAGAGCCCACAGCAGCUCCAGUUCUCCUGGACCGCUUUCAUGCCACACCAGAGAAGCGCAUCAAUAUCGGAGAUGUGGGAGGUGCUAUCGGAGAUGGUCUUGGUCAAGCUGGAUCGGCGCUGGGAGGCGUUGCUACUGCGGCCGCAUCUGCUGCCACCGAAGUGGCCGGUAAAGGUCUUGGCGCCCUUCAGGACAUUCAAAACGAUAUCGCAGAUAAGCUGGCCAAGGAACUCGGCAUCAAGGAGUUUUACUCAGUCCACCUGGUUGAUCUUUGCCAGGGUGACUUCUCACCGAAGCCCACGGACCCUGAUGCUACCUUUGACGUGGAGAACUGCACCGAACCGUUCAACUACAACCUUCUCAACAUCACUGCGCUGCUCGACAAGCAGCUGGGCGUUGGUCCCUUCAAGCUGAACCUGGCCGACCUCGGUCUUACGAAUGACAUCCAGGACAAGCUCGACGAUGUUCCCAAGAUCAUCCAGGCCAUCGUGGCAAUGUACAUCAUCGGAGCCAUAUUCGUCCUGCUCACCCUGUUCGGAUCCUGCGGUGCCGUUGCCCUCAUCCCCAACGCAGCCGGACGCACGAUCGUGAUGGGCAACCUGGGACUCGCCGGUGGGGCAGUCUUCUUCCUCCUGAUAGGCAACCUCAUCACCACCGUCGGCAGCGGCGUGGUAGUCGACAAGGUGACAGAUCUCGGGGACAAGAUUGGGCUGUCGGCCGUGCGCGGCGGCAAGUUCAUGGCCCUGUCGUGGAGCGCCUUCGUGCUGAUGCUGCUGACGGUGUUCUACUGGGUCUACGAGUUCUUCGCCGAGAAGCAGCGCGCACACAGCCGGGCCAUCGGCGGGGGCAGCUUCGGCAGCCGCGACCUCGGCGGGGCUGACAAGUUCGAGGGCGGGAUGAGCGAGACCAGCUCGGGCUCCACGUCCCGGACGAGCUCGUGGGAAAGGGAGCAACAGCGGCAAGACUUGCAACCUCCCACGUACGCCAACGAUCCGUAUCCACGCGACAUGGGCGAGCCGCAGGCUGGGGACUUCCAAGAUGUUGAUCUCCACAAUCGGCAGCAACGCGGAUUCUAUGCGUAA